AUGGCUGGAGAAAUCAUCGGCUUGGGGAAUGUUUGGCGCUUUCCUUAUCUCUGCUAUAGAAAUGGAGGUGGAGUGUUCUUCAUCCCAUAUUUUGUGUUCCUGGUUUUUUGUGGCAUCCCUGUUUUCUUUCUGGAAACAGCCUUGGGACAGUACACAAGCGAAGGAGGGGUGACAGCCUGGAGGAAGAUUUGUCCCAUGGCUGAAGGGAUUGGCUUUGCCUCUCAAGUAAUUGUGACCUACCUGAACAUCUAUUACAUCGUUAUUUUGGCCUGGGGCAUUUUUUACCUGUUCCACUGCUUUCAAAGUCCUCUGCCGUGGUCUACAUGUGAUAACUGGUGGAACUCUAAGGACUGCCAGAAUAAAGAAAUCCUCUUGUCCAACCCAAAUAUGUUUAAUUUUACUGACAACUGGUCCUUCCUCCACAAUACUUCUUCAGAAGAUUAUUAUGACGAGAUGAAUUACACAAUCAUCGAGCAAUAUUCUCACACACCAGAAGGGGAAUUCUUUAACAACCGUCUUUUGAGAAUGAAUGACCCUAGCAGUGAUGGAAAGAUACUCUGGGAUAUUGCUUUAUGUCUUCUUGCUGCGUGGGUCAUCGUUUACCUCUGUAUUUUUAAGGGAGUGAAAUCCACAGGCAAGGUUGUAUAUUUUACCGCUACAUUUCCAUAUGUGAUGUUGUUCAUCCUCUUCAUCCGUGGAGUGACACUUCCUGGAGCUGGACAGGGAAUCAAAUAUUAUCUCUAUCCAGACUUUACAAGACUCGCUGAUCCAUCCGUUUGGAGUGAUGCAGGCACACAAGUUUUCUUCUCCUACGCUGUGUGCCAGGGGGUUCUGACUGCUCUUGGAAGUUACAACAAUUAUAACAACAACUGCUACAGAGACUGUUUGGCCCUGUGCUGUCUAAAUAGCGCCACUAGCAUCUUUGCUGGUUUUGUUGUUUUCUCUGUGUUGGGAUUUAUGGCCCUUGAGCUUGGCGUGCCCAUGGAAGAGGUCACUGCGAGCGGUCCUGGUCUGGCUUUCAUUGCAUAUCCAAAGGCUCUCUCAAUGCUUCCUGUCUCUUCCUUUUGGGCUGUGUUAUUCUUCUUAAUGAUCAUUUUCCUGGGCUUGGACAGUCAGUUUGUUUGUGUUGAGAGCUUAGCUACCGCCAUCACAGAUAUGUUCCCACGUUACCUCCGAAGAAGGGGAGCCCGAGAGAUCCUUGUGCUGGUUAUUGCUGUGGUUUGCUUUUUGCUUGCUCUGCCUCUAGUCUGUGGGAGAGGGAUUUUCCUGUUUAAUCUCAUUGACACAUUUGGAGCCAGUGGGAUCACACUCCUGUUCAUAGCCAUGUUCGAGUGCAUCGUGAUCGGCUGGGUUUAUGGGGCGGACCGCUUCUUCCACAACAUUGAGGACAUGGUUGGAUAUCCACCUAUCCCGGUGUUUAAAUACUGCUGGAUGUUCAUUACACCAUUAAUCUGUGGGAUAACAUUGCUUUACAACCUAGAACCUGAAAGUGUUCAUAUAUAUGGCGAAGUGUUGUCCCCUGCCUAUAGAAGGGUAGGUGCUCUCCUCAUCCUCACACCAAUGAUAUGCAUCCCACUCUUCGUUUUACGCUCUCUGUAUUAUUAUCCCGAUAACAUGACCACACCCUCCAGUGACCUACGCCAGGCUCUACCACACAAGCCUAUAUUGACCCUAUGUAAACGUGUGAUCUUUCCUGCACAAGGGAAAGCAAAGCUAAAUGUGCCGUUGGAAAUGAAUGAGAAGACAUCUCUGAGCUUUUCUGCACACUGCUCUAAAGCAUCCAUUGUGCUCAGGCUUGGGCUCAAUCACUCCACUCAUCAUGGGGAAGACAAACCAGAGCGCAGUAGCACUAAAUUCAACAAAUGA